AUGUUGAAGCGGUCAGAAUCCGGCGUGAGCCAAGGGCGAUUCAGCGCUGGUCGAGGCCUGGCGCUGGUUUCGCUCCUCAAGUCCUUCCGCAACAGCAGGUUUAAAUUACAGGGGGAUCGCAUCACCGUGUCCGGCUUUACUCUGACUGUACAGUAUCAGGGACCGGCUUUGUCCGGGGCGUGUCUCAGGCAGGAGAGGACUGGUAUCGACCUCGGGGGCGUGUCCGGGACCAGGGACGCGUUUGGGAGCAGUCCGGCUCCGGGGCUGCGCUCCUCGGCGGCACUUGGUGAACUGCGGGGACCUAAGAUGAUUGCGGUUCGGAUCCCGUGGGUCGGUCAGGAGGUAGCGGGAGACUCGGACAAGCUGCACACGGUCUUCCGGGUGGAGGUUGUGACCAAUGGGAGGAAACACUCGGUGGACCGGAGGCACCGUGACUUUCAAGCUCUGCACAAGAAGCUGAAGAAGACGAUGAAGCCUCCAGACCUGCCGCCGAGGCGAGGAUUGAAUCGUGGACCCAGGGCUUUGGAACAGAGGAGGAGUGGUCUUGAGGUCUAUCUGCAGACCCUCUGCAGCAAUCAGCUGGUUUCCCAGGAGAUCCUCGACUUCCUCAACAUCAAACACAUCCCGUCUGGGAAGCCCCCACGCUGCUAUAGUGCCCUGCAAGAGUCGGAGUUACGAAGCAACAGGUUUUGCCGCCAGGUGGUCACCUUCACCAAGGAUUCCUUCGGCCUGUCUACGGACACAGAUACGCUGCCGAAUGUGGUGGUGGUGGGCGUUCUGCAAGGACUGUAUGUGACCGAGCCCCUCUCUGAGCUGUGGCCCAACCCCAGCCCUGCUGACAAUGAUAGUCUCCCACUGCCAAACAUUGCCUGAGGCUAGCACCAGCACGAUCCCACAAACCCAUCAUCACAGUGUCUGUCCUCCACUGGGCUGGGAGGUGGUUAUGAGGGAGCAGGUGGGGAUGGAGGAGGAGAAUGGAAUGAUGUGGUGCUGAUAUUGCAGUAACCCUGCUAUAA